AUGGAUUCUCACGGACAAGACAUUGCCCCAGCCUCUGCGCAAGGCCCGGCUGGCGAGCACAAGCUUUCUAAGUGCGACGUCGAGGCUGCUCCCCCUUCCGGUCCCACUAGUAUGGACGACGCGUCCAGCGAGGCUGCUCUGAUUGACUUCAAGACACUGUCCUGGUGGAAAGGUGGCAUUGUCCUCAUCGCCGAAACCGUCUCUCUCGGAAUCCUCUCUCUCCCUUCCGUCAUCGCCACCCUUGGCCUCGCUCCCGGCAUCGUACUCAUUCUGGUUAUGAGCUUCCUUUCCACAUAUUCGGGUCUCAUGCUCGGCGAGUUUCAAAAAGAGUACCCCUUUGUCGAAAACUUUGGCGAUGCCGUCGAGGUCAUUGGUCGAACCAUGGGCUCUUUCGGCCUCUUUGGUUUUAACAUCACCUUUGCCCGCAUCUUCCAAGAGGUGUUUGGCUGGGCCCAGGUCAUCUUUCAAGUCUUUGUCAUGGGCGCGCAUCUCCUCACUUGGACCAUCUGCCUCAAUGCCCUCUCCGGACACUCUGCCUGCACCAUAGUUUGGGCCGUAGUCGGUCUCGCCGUCUUUUGGGUCCUCAACCUCCCCCGCACCCUCCGACACACCAGCUGGAUGUCCAUGGCUUCGUGUAUAUCAAUCAUUGUCGCCACGCUCAUGACAGUCGGCGACGUCGCCGCCAGCAAGCCUAUCGGCGGUUCCAUUGUCGAAGUGAGCAGGGAGCUUGGCUUCACAACGGCUUUCCUGGCUGUUACUAACAUCGCUGUCGCCUUUUCGAGCCACUCUUGCUUCUUUGGCGUUAUUGGCGAGUUUCAGAAGCCUGAGGAUUGGCCCAAGGCCCUUGCCCUUCUCCAGAUUGUCGACACCUCCCUGUACCUCGUUGCUGCUGUCGUCAUUUACUACUACGUUGGCCCUACCGUCCCCUCUCCCGCUCUUUCGGCCGCUGGCUCUGAAACUAUGCGCAAGGCCAUUUGGGGUGUCGCUAUUCCCACCAUUGUCAUCGCGGGCGUUAUUUACGGACACGUGGCGGGCAAGUACAUCUUCAACCGCAUGUUUAAGAACAGCAAGCAUCUUGUCCGUCGCACUUUUGUGUCGGUUGUCGGCUGGUCCGGUAUGACGCUUGCCAUGUGGGCUAUUGCUCUCAUCAUUGCCGAGUCCAUUCCCGUCUUCAACUCGCUGCUCGGUAUUCUUUCGGCGCUUUUCGUUUCGUGGUUCUCGUAUGGUCUCCCCGGUAUCUUUUGGCUUUGGAUGCGCAAGGGCUCUUGGUUCAGCACGCGUGCCCGCACUUGUUCCUUUUUCGCCAAUGUCCUCCUCGUCAUCACCGGCACCAUGCUCUGCGUCCUCGGUCUUUGGGCUUCCGUUGAGGCCAUUGCCAAGGAAACCGGCACCAAACCUUGGUCUUGCGAAGACAAUGCGCCUCAAAAAUUCGAGCAGACGUCUAGAGAGGCUGUGAAAAGGCUUGUAGGGAGGUCAUGA